AUGUCGACUGGACGCAAGGUCUUCCACUGUGCUGUGGAUGAGACGGCAUUGACCACGAAUAUCAGUGAAAUCAAAAAAUGGACGACCAACGGGGCCAUCACCUUGGUCGUUCCUCUUUACACCCUUGAACGCCUUCACGCCUUGAAGCGGGCGGGAUCUCAGGUCGCCAUCAACGCCCGCGAGGCCGUCCGAUUCCUCGAUCGAGUGACGUCCGGAAAAGACAAUGUGAUGGCCGAGCGGGUCGCCCUGCAGGGGCCGAUGGAACAAUACGAAAAUUGGGAGGAGGCUGAGAAGUACUUUCUGCCGGAGUUUGAGGAGGAGCCGGAAGCGCUUGACGGCGUGGCGGCAGCGGAGGACCAGGCGCUGCCCGCGAAGCGCCAAGGGAAAGGAAAAGACCAGAAGAAGAACGGUGCCAACCACCAGGACGAUUUGUCGCAAAUGCUUCUCAACAAGCUGAACUUUAAAAAGGAGUCGGAUGCGGUUUCCAUCACCUCGAACGGUACCCACAGUGCCCCUGCGUCGCGUCCGUCUUCCAGGAGUUCCCGGACGAGCCCCGAGUGCGCCAAUUCCCACAUGGUCGAAAAUGGAGGAGGAUCGAAGGACUCCAAGGCCAAGCGUGUCAACGGACAUCGCCGUUCUGCGUCCGGUUCGACUAUUCCGACUGUACCCUCGGUGCUGCGACCGUUGCUCAGCGCCCUUUUGUGGCGACUCCAUAGCGGUCCCGAUUCGUCUAAUGCGGCCAAGAAUUGUAUCUUGAUCACGAACGAUCAUCCUACUCAGGUCUGGGCGCAGAAAUUUGGCAUCGGCGUCAAGAAUAUCCACCAACUGCGCACCUCCAUCCAAUACGAGGAGCGGGAGUACAAGAACCGCUGUAAAUAUGUCGAAAAGACUCAAUCGACCCAGCCCACCGAACCGAAAUCUUUGCUUUCGUACGAAGCCGAGAGCGAUGAAGAUGAACUGGUUUUUGUCCCCCGCGGACGUGGCAAAGGUGCCUCAAGAGGUGGCCCAUCGCGCUCCGGAAACAAUCGCAAAGCAGCCACCGCAUCCAAGCCGGCUGCGCCGCUAGCGGAAGCUACCAUAGAGAUUCCUACGCAACCUAUCGAUCCGAAUUCCUUUAGUCGGUCCUUCAACGGUCCUACAAAGCAACAGCCCACAGUUGAUCUCAGCACCCAGUCUGGAGCUGCGCGCGGUAUUGCAGGUGCGUCUCGAAAUCACGCCAAUGGUCGCCGCGGUGGCGGUGGCGGCGGCCGUGGUACUUCUCGUGGAGGCACUCGAGGUCGUGGAGGAAAACUUUGGGUUCCUUGA